AUGCCGGACACGGCUCUCGUCACCUGGGCUUUGCCUCAGCUGGAGCGCCUGCUUCCUCUGGAUGAGGAUUCUCUCAAGCAGAUCAUCACAUACAGUGAAUCGCAAUCUCCAGAUGCGGCUGCAGACCACCUGAAGAAUCUCUUGGGUGACUCGCCACAGGCCUUGGAAUUCAUUACCAACUUCAACUCUCGCCGCAGGCCCACCCCUUCGGCAAGCCAGGGCCAGAAUGGCCCCUCAGAAGUCCCCAAGGCGAAGAAGGGCGGCCAGAAAAAGAAGAAGAACAUCCAUCAGUUGCCCGCCCGCCAAGUCCAGCAUGCCGGCCAAGUCGCCGGCGCCUACAUGAAGCGGGAUGAAGACGACUAUAUGUCCGGCUCAUCCAAGCCGCGCAAAGACAACAAGGAGACCGUCCACAGCGCAUUCAACCUGCAGGAGAAGCCUGACGCCAAGCAGCUGCCCGUCCCUCAGAACACAUCCACCUCGACGAACCCGCGCGUAAAACCGCCGCCUUCAGCAGCCGGCCCUUUGAUAUCCGACUCCUUGUCUUCCUCGAAGAAUGCCUCUCGCAACGCCUCUCGCAACGCCUCUCGCAACGUCUCUCGCACCGCUUCGCCCGCCCCUAGCAAUAGCAGUAAUGCCAAAUCCAAAGCCAAAGUGCAAAUCACCGGCGGCACGCCCGGCCACGGCCAAUCCUCCGUGCUCAACGACCUGGACUCGGCCAUCCGCGCGCUCGAGGUGCAGACGAACCCGGCCCUCUCGGCGACGACGCCCGAGGAGAACGCGAAGCGGCGGUGCGGCUGCAUGGCGACGCGGCACCCGCUGCUGGAGGCGGCCCCCAACUGCAUGAACUGCGGCAAGAUCGUCUGCGUCAAGGAAGGCCUCGGCCCGUGCACCUUCUGCGAGAAGCCGCUGCUGUCGCAGUCCGACAUCCAGUCCAUGGUGCGCAUCUUGCGCGAGGAGCGCGGCCGCGAGCGCAUGGAGGCCAACAACGCCGCCAACAAGCGCGCAGAAGUCGCCGCGAGCAAGCCCCGCCACAUGACCGGCGCCGCCUUCCUGUCCUCGCACACCACGAGUCCCGCGCUAUCGCCCUCGCCCUCGCCGUCCCCGGCACCGUCCGACUCGGAGAGCGAGAAGCUGAAGGCCGCCCAGGCCCACCGCGACAAGCUGCUGUCCUUCCAGGCCAACAACGCCAAGCGUACCCGCAUCUUCGACGAGGCCGCCGACUUCGACACGCCGUCGUCGGGCACCAACAUGUGGGCGUCGCCGCAGGAGCGCGCGCUGCAGCUAAAGCGCCAGCAGAAGAUCAUGCGCGAGCAGGAGUGGGCGGCUCGCCCCGAGUACGAGAAGAGGCGCGUUGUCGCGUCCAUCGACCUGGCCGGCGGCAAGAUCGUCCGGAAGAUGGCGCCGACGGAGCGGCCGCAGAGCCCGGUCAGCGAUGCGGAUGUGGAUGAGGAAAUCGACGAGGAUACUGGACCCCUGCACCAGCCGCCGCCGCCAGAUAGGACCAGGGGUGGCGGUGCAUUUAGUAAGAAUCCGUUGCUAGGUGGGCUGAUACGGCCAAUUGCGAGGGUAGAUGGAGACGAGGCGGGUGACAAGGGUAAAACGAGGGAGAGAGAAAAGAGGACACUAUGGAGAAGGGUGCAAGACGACAACGAUGAUAACGAGCAGUGGAUCCUUGACGGGGGUGUGUACGGUGGAAAGACGGAGGGUAGAGUGUUGGGGGCUGAAGAGCACGCUUUCGCCGCCAAUUAA